UCAAAGAUGAAGUUGGCGCUCUUUCAAACGUUUCUCUGGUGCUUCUAUUUAGUUGUCGUCAAUGUGUCGUUCCUGUUGUAUCGUCGCCUCACAAAUCGCUUGGUAAGAAAAAUAAAAAAUCUGAUGGAGAUGUGGAAAGCGCAGGUGGUGCUGGUGCACCUUCUGCUGAUGGCGUGCCUAUUGGGCAUAUACUAUCAGCCCGGACCGCAGGAUCAGCUGGAGCCGCAGAAGACUUUGCCAGAGAUGGGGGUUCCCGCAGCCGCCGAUCGGCUGGUGGUGUUCCUUCUCGAAGGCCUGAAUGCGGAUACGUUAUUCUCGCCCAACUUCAGUCGGUCUUCCUACUUGCGGGAUAUAAUCCAGCGCGAGGGUCUCGUAGGCAUAUCCAAAACUAGUGUUCCCACUCUGACCCGAUCUGCAGAAGUGGCCCUGUUCGCCGGAUUCAAUGAGAUGCCAUCGCUACUGUUAGCUGAGAAACACGACUCAAUCUUCAAUCGCACCCUGUCCUCCAAAGAGGGAACUGUUCUUAAGAUCUCGGACCUAGCAGAUCUUCGCGUCCGCCUGCUGAAUGCUGCUUGCUUGAAAAAGUUGCAGAACUCAACUAGGCUGGUGGUGUUCGUACAUCUGGAAGACGUCGGUGGAGCUAGUCCUGUUGACAAGGCUUAUUUGAAAAAGGUCCACAAUGCCCAGCGAAACAUCCGAGAUGCCUAUGAACUGAUCGAGAACUCCUUUAACGACUAUAGAACUUCUUACCUUUUAACCUCGGCCCACGGCCUUAGCAUUUUGGGUUCUCAUGGUGGCGGUUCGGAUAAAGAGAGGGAUACUCCCUUCUUUCUUUGGGGAGCAGGUAUCAAUCACACAACCAAUAAUGCCACCUUAAAUUUUGUGGUUGGCAAUAACGUUACCAUGCAGCUCCACAAUUUGGAGCAGAUUCAGUUGGCUCCUCUGAUGUCUGCCUUGAUUGGUUUGCCACCACCGGUUAAUAAUCUGGCCACGUUGCCAUUGGGCUAUUUGAAGGUAUCCCGGGAAUACAAGAGAAAAGCAAUUCACCUAAAUGCUCUGCAACUUCUGGCUCAAGCCAAGGCUGUUAUAAGACGUCACGAACAGGCAUUUUUAAACAGUUGGCUUCCGACAACCAAGGAUCUGGAUCUUCAAAGGAUUGCCUACUAUCAGAACCAGAUGGAUCGACUUAUGGAUAUGGGAUGGAGAAGCAAGGCGGUGCAGACGAGCAUGCUGGCUAUCAAAGUGGCUCAGAAAUCCUUAAAGUAUUACUAUGGAUAUUACCACAUUCCUUCGGUGGUCACGACGGUGCUGGCUCUUCUGGGCUGGCAAUUCUUCCUUUUGUUGAAGCUGUCAAGGAAAUCUUGGGAUUCCAAGGAGAAACGCAGGGGCUUCCUCACAUGGUUCACCAUUGUACAGGGCUCCCUUGGACUUCUGCUGGGCGAGGUGGUCUUCCUACGGUGGGCUUCAUUUUGGACGGUCAUCUGCUUGGUGGUGCCCUUUGUCAUCUGGACUUUGACCAUUGCCGAGUUGCCCCUGAAGGGUGGCUGGAUCUUCGAACCGCUCAAGCAUCUAAGAUGGAUAAUAGCCCCCGCAGCAGGAAUCAUUGUGGCCCUCCACUGCAGCUGUCCCUUCAGUCUGGCCUACAUUAUAUGUGUCAGCAUCUACAACCAACGUGCCUGGUUCCAUCCUACGGCAAAGUUCCUGGCCUGGCUGGCGCUCGUAUGCCUGCUGAGCGGAUUCCUAUGGUCCCAGAGGGGAAUGCAGAUCCUGAUGACUACCAAAUACCGGGUUAUUCUACAGACAAUCAGCAUGCUGGUGGUGAUUCUGCGUCCCCUUUUCCUUGGCGAGAAUCACAAGUGGAAGGUGUGGUUGAGCAAUGGAGGAAUACUGAUCGUUGGAGGAAUUGGAAUCUACUUAAGGGAGAUGGGCAAGCCGGUUCCUUUAUACAUCAUGGCUGCCCACUGGACGUACCUGAUCUAUGCCUGUGCCUCGAUCCCAUACUCCGGAAGUUUCUGUCCCCUAUCUCGCCUACAGAUGAUUCGCUUUAACUUACUAACAGUUCAUGCACUUCUAAGUGAUUCAUACACAUCCCUUUUCGCCCAAGGAUUAAUCAUUGAGUACCAAAUGGGUAUAGAGGUGCACGAGGAGAGCAUUAUAGCCGAUGAGGAAGAUAAUGUGGAUAUAAGGCUGGAUGGACCACUCACUCCCCCAAGGCAUCUCGAGAUGUCCUAUCGUUUUGCAGUAUCGAUUCUACUGUACUUAUAUGUCUCACUGUUCGGAACUGGACAUUGGUUGAGCAGCUUUACCUAUUUGGCCAACACCGCGCGGCUUUUCCUUCCGGAUUCCUGCAGCGGACCAAUGCCAUACCUAGUGCUCAUUCAUUUGCUAAUACCAUUGGUGAUAAUCCUCUCCAGCUUAAAGGCACUGAGCGCUUUUGGACGACAAGAGAUGCGCUCCAUUUUCUACAGUAUAAUGCUCAUAUGCAAUGUCGUCGUUUUGUUCUUCGUUGUGUUUGUUCCACAUCACGUUAAUUGGCCCACAGUCCACCCAUCCGUAAUCACUGCACUUUUGGCCCAACUGACCGUAGUCCUGCUUUUGAUCUGCGACACCACUGUCGCCUUUUUCUUCCGAGGUACUAAGAAUAUCAGACCUCCGAUCCGGAGACGAAACUUCGAAGAAACCCAACUCAAGGGACAAACGGGUGACAACCCCAUGUUUGCCACAAGUGAGGUCUGAUCCGAUAAAUUAUCAAAACUUCAACAAAUUUGUGGUCCACAUGUUCAAAAUUUUGUAAAGUUUUCACUGAACUUCUACUAUAAAAGUCUUACGAAUUUUUGAUUUUUGAAA